AAAAGUUAUAUCGUCGGUGGCUGAACUAAAGCCCCGUGUUCCCCCUUGAUCAUUUUAACAAGACACUUUGGGAAAGGCACCUUUUGUAGGUUUAAAAAGCAGGAUUAAUCAGGAUUUCACCGCCGAUCGUUUUCAUCCAAAGCCAGUCUCGAUUCCUCUUUCAUAUGUCCACGCUGUGCCAAAACAUAACCAAAACACCCAGCAUCUCAUGGCCGCCAGUGAAACCACACCCAAAAUCACCGAGAGGGUGCAGCGCAAAGAGUUAGAUCAACCAUGUGACGCCAUCCGAGAGUAUUCCAAUCGUUAACCACACUAACUUAUUGAGACAUGGUUGGGCGGAUCAAUCGCUCAACUCUCUGCUGUAAGACGAGCCGAGCCGCAGGAGCACUCGCCGCGGGCUCCUCCUUCGCUCUCGCUUAAUGUCGUUAACAGGUGCCCGUCCGAAAUAGACACGCGCACGCAUGGCGAGUGUGUGGCGGAAACGGACAUGUUUGUAGUCACGUCAUGCGUAGGCCAGAGCGGAUGUGUGUGUGUGAGAGAGAGAUCGCCCUGCGCCACCUCGCCUUACUAGCGACUAACAUUACCGGCUACACGCACAUCGUCGGAUAUUGAAUCAAGAAGCGUGUGAGCCAACUGGGCUGCAGCCCCCUCCCCUGUUUGACUCCCUUUCCAUGAGUGUUAUGUACCCCCUCCUCUGUCGCUCUCUCGUUCCUGUUCACUAACUCUGCCAUGAAGCAGCCCUUUGCUCUUUGAAUUUUCAGGCGUCUUCUUCUCAACCCAGCACCAAAUCACAGAGGACUGCAGGAAAGGAAAUACUUGGACAGAAGCUUAUUUUUUUUAUCUUGGUAUUAUCAGAGUUUUAUUUAUUCACCAUUAUAAAGCUACACGAAAACUAAAUACACACAAGCUGAGAUGUGGAACAACUUCUUCGUGGCCCGGGACGAGGAGGGCCGCAUGGGGGCGGCGGGCGGCGGCCAAGGAGGAGCUCUGGCCGCCCUUCAGGGCGGCCGUGCUCAGAGACGAAGCCAAAAGAUGAGCGACAGCCAGAACGGCAAGAUCAAGCUGGCCUUCCUGGUGUGUGCGGUGGGCGUCACGCUGACCGUGCUGGCGGUGGGCACCGAAUUUUGGGUGGAGCUGGCGCAGCCCAAGGACUUUGGCGGCAACCAGACGUGCCAGCUGGCGCACUACGGCCUUUGGAAAACCUGCGUGCGCACCCUGUGGGUUGCCGACGUGGACCCCGAGAGGGCGAGCUGCGGUCCAGCUGAACUACCGGGAGAAUCCAACUGCACCUACUUCAAAUUCUUCACCUCGGGGGAGAACGCCGUCAUGUUCAAGAAGACGACAAACAAGAACUUGAGCCUGGCGGCGGCCAUUUUGGCUCUGCUGGGUCUGACCCUCAUGGUGACCGGCUCCAUCUGCAUCAUCAUGACGCUCAGCAAAGGCGUGGCCUUCUUCCUCAAGCCCGCCUCCUUCUGCUUCAUCCUCUCAGGUGUCCUGGUCCUGAUCUCCGUCCUAAUUUUCCACCGCUCCGUACUGGCCUUGUUGUCCAGCGACCACGCCGUCCCGCUGCAUCACCAACUGGCGUGGUCGGCGGCCUGCGCGGGCUCGGCGGGCGCCGUCCUCAUGUUGGGAGGCGUCCUUUUCCUCGUCCUUUCGCUUCACGGCAUUUCCUGGCAGAAGUGUUUGCCACACAACAACAGCGCCACCUAGUGUGCGGCUGCGGACGUGGCAACAUCGCUUCAGGGUUUUUUGUUUUUUUUUCUACACCGUUUUUCUAGCCCAACAAUUAGCAUAGCUUAGCAUUAAACAGUGAUGACUCAA